GCAUCCUUUAUAAAAGCAACAUCUCUGAGAGAAGCGCUCAAAGAGGAUUCUUCAUCCGAGACAUUGAGGACAGCAGCCCACGCACACUGCGCAGCCAUGAGCGAGAAACAAAUAUCGACAGCCGUAACUGGAAACAUCAAAUCAUCGAUGGGCCAGGAUGAAAAGAAGAACAGCAUCCCGGCGGACUUUGACAUCGACAUGGACAGCCCGCAGACAGAGAAGGCGGCUGUAGCCAUUCAGUCGCAGUUCAGGAAAUUCCAGAAAAAGAAGGAGCAGGAUGUCAAGUCGUAGAGGCGCCGUGGCUUGCUGGUUCCUCACAUCUGCAUGUCAAUCAAACCGCAUCUUCCUGAACUCUACUACGGUUGUACUGGAGCAAACCAAUGUUUUUGAAAUCAAUGUAUCAUUUUUGAAUUGAAUAUUCUCAUAUUCUAGUUGUGAUAUUUUAUUUAUUUAUUUAUACUUUUAGUGGUGAACAAGAGUGACUUGAUUAGGGAACAUAAAUCUGUGGGUGAUUUUCCAGACUGACACUUAUUGGGCUCACAAUUUAAUUGGCCGUAAUGCACUACAAUCAAAAGAGUUUUAGGGUGUUAACUCAUUUGCUGCCAUUGAUGGCUAUAGACUUCCAUCUGUUUUGACUGGGAAACGUGAUCAUUCACAAACUGAGCUACUGAAGCAAGAGUGGCCCGAAUUCAUUUGCGUAAUUUAUAACUCAUUUCCUACCACUGACGACAAGAGAUGUUAAAUCCAUAGGAGCUGGGAGGGCUGGCAGUGAAUACAAUGAUCCCUCGCUACUUUGCGCCCUCAGUCCAUCGCAGAUUUUUUUCAGUUACAAAAAAAACAAAAAAAAGGUUUCAUUUUAAAGGGAACUACGGACAGAAAGACUUGUAGUUCUUAAAAGGUAAACGUUAGUGUGAGCUAAAAUAAUUUGAUAAUAAAACCUCUCUUGAUGUUUUCGUUUCUAUACAAUUUGUAAAAUUUGUUUAACUAGUACGCCGCUAUUGUUGUUGACGUCGCAGGACUACGCUGCCGAGCUUUCAGAUUAUGACUAGCGACAUAAACAUGUCAUCUGUUCAGCCCUUUCAAUUUGAACCCGAGAGGAACAUUAAUGACCAGGACAGCACUGUCGAUACAGUAUUUCACAAAACGAGCAACAAAAGCAACAGUAAAGACGGGAUGAGAUGUAACGAGACGAGAGUAGGACAAAACUGGUGUUCUGCCAAAAUGUGCUACACUGGACAGCAAGUAAAUAUCUUGGCAACCUGCCUAGGAUCGGUUGGAAGACACUGGUGAUGAGCUGGAAUUGGAUGCCGGUACGACAUUGGGAACUCAUUGCACAGCUCAGUAACAAAACAACCUGACCAGUAGCAGUAUGUGACAAAAUCAUGACAAUUGUCAUACUAGCUUCGUUUGCUAGCUAGCACAGCUAUUCUCCCAGUCCAGGCCAACUACGUAAUCACACCGAGCGUCCAUUGCACGCAUAAAACAUGGCGCCCUCAGUAGGUCAAAACGUGUACUAAAUAUGAUAAUUUUUAAAUCAAAGGCAAUAUUUUAUGUGUUUCUAAUGACAUAUUUUAGUAAAAGAGAACAAUUGUGACCUAUUAGAGCCUACAAGUCUUCAAGUACGAGGUUCCCUUUCAAAUGUUAAGAUAUAUGCAUAUAUACACGUACAAAUCAGUUUUCAUAUAUCUAUCAUUUAUAUCAUAAUUAUUACAUUUGCAGAGCUUAAAAAAACAUUUCUAACAAAACAUAGAUUUAAGUUUUUUGUUUGUUUGUUUGGGUUUUUUAUUUAUUAAUUUUUUUUUUUCAAUUAUACUUUAGGGAAAAAAAGGGAAAACACUUGCCAACAGUAUGUGUAUGUCUUUCCAAUGCUGUUAAGUCUGAAUGAAAACAUUUAACACACGAAAAAUAAUAUUAAAAAAAAAAUGUAAAUAAGCUCCGCCAAUAAUUAGCAGAUUUUCGAUUUUUGCGGGUUGGCGUGGGGUGUCCCAUUAACCGCAAAAAAAGAGGGAUCACUGUAUUCCAUCAUUCAGAAACUGAGAGCAAGAAUGGUCCAACUCCAUUGUUGUAUAUACAAUCUCAUUGACAGUCAUUGUAAAUGAUAAACGUCCAAUGCUUUAUGCCUGGGAGGACUGUCAAGGAUCAUUCCCAAAUCGGGAUACUGAGAGCAAGAGUGGCCUAACUGUAAUUUUGUAAUUUUUAAGUCAUUGUCAGCCCUUGAAAGUUCUAAACAUCCAAUCCACUUUGACUUGAGAGGGCUGGGAAUGAUUUUUCAGAAGUUAAGAAACAGAGCAAGAGUAGGCUAAAUCCAUUUUUGACAUUUUUAACUCACUGGCUGUUAUUGACGACAAUAGAAGUCCAAUCCAUUGCGACUGGGAGCGCUAGCAGUGAAAAUUCUCAAAUUGAGCGAGUGAGAGUAAGAGUGGGCUAAUCCAAUUUUUUGCAAUUUUUAACGCAUCAGCCACCAUUUAUGAUGAUAGACGCCCAGUCAAUUAUGACUGGCAGUGAUCAUUCACAAAUUGAGAUACUGAAAGCAACAGUGUGUUAAAUUUAAAUCACUUUUAAUGUAUUGGCUGUAUUGUAUUGACGGCGACAGACGAAUGAUUGUUGCUCAUCCGCCCUAUCAGAAUGGACUGGACGUCUAAAGCUGUUAAUGGCAAUACAUGAGUUUUCAUUUUUAAUGCCUUUCCAAGUCCCCCAUUUGUUAAAGUCAUAAGUGUGUGCGAUCUGAUUUUCUAUGUGUUUCUUUCCCAUAGUAAGCAUUUGAAGUUGCUCCAAAAUAAAUGGAAAAAAACAACAACCUCAUUUAUUGUAUGUAAACGGAUCAAUAGCACACUAUGCAUGUAAAUUCCUGUACACCCGCAAAAGAGAAAUGAAUAAAGAAAUAAAUGUUGCAAAAGAGCAAAUUUAUUU